AUGAUUCCUCAGGAAACUUUGACAGAGGAAAAUCUCCAGCAGUGGGAUUCUCGUCAUCAGCCUCUGAAAGAUCCACCAGGAUUGGUACGAGAUGACAGCUAUGCUCGCGGCGACGGUUGGUCCCCCACCAACACGACUUCGGAAGACACGGAAGACGAAGAGAUCCACUUGGUGGAAGGAGGUGACGACGAAGAUGAUGGUCUCUUUAUUGGGGCUACUAGCCACGACGAUGAUGACUCCACCAUUGCCUUUAGCGACAUUGUUCUACCCACAGAAGAAGAAGAUCCGUUCCUCCUCGAAUUGGCGGCCGAGGAGGCCGCUCGAGACGAGGAGCUGCAGAAGGAACAAGUCCCGCAAGCCCCCACUUCGGAUGACGCAAUCUUGUCAUCUACUCCUACAGAUACCCCAACCGAAGCCCCCAAGAUGAUCCGUCGCGAUGAUCAGGAAGAGCCCGAAUCCGUACGAUUCUCGGCCCAUGUCAUUGUGGCACAUGCUCUGGAACGUAAGCGAGCACAAUUGGCCCAGCUCACUCAGGCACAACUCCUGGCGAAAUUGGAAGAGCGUCUCCGGCCCUACAUGCACUUGCCCAAGAGCCUCCCUCCCUUGCGUCGACGCAAGCGUCCCAACUGUCUCUUUCUCAAUCACAUGGGAACCCGACGUCCUCCGGCACCCAAGAAACGCAAAAUGGCGGCAGCCUCUGUUGCCAUGAUGAAGCCCCUCAAGAAGCGAGUCACCACAGCACCAACCCCCACUCAUCAGCAAGAACCAGUGGCCGCUGCUGUGACUCCCGAACCAACUCCUAUCACGGCACCUUCCAGUCCACAACGCGUGGUCGCACCGGUGACCACCCUUCCUUCUUGUGUGGGUUCUCCCAUGUUGCCCAAGUUGCUCACGGAUUCCAUGUGGCAAGAUGACUUGGUGCAAGAUCCUCCGUCUCGAUCCGAGGAACUCUCUGUCGAGCCACCCGUUCCUUUCCAAGCCGAAGAGCCCUUAAUGGCGGCUCUUGAAAAGCCAUCAGAAGCAUCGAUUCCUGACAAGCCCGCCGCUGUCGAGAAACCACCAUCCGCUGCUCUGGAACAACCGUUGGCUGCUGUGGAAAAUGUCAAGUCGUCGUCGAGUCCAACCAUGAUGAGUACUCCAACAGGCAAGAAACGAGACAGCAGCAAGCCCAAGGUCGUCAAGAAGAGGAAGAGAGCCAGCACUUCCAGAACCGAAAACAAGGUCAAGAAAACCAAGGCCACACCGGCAAUGAAUGCUUCCGAGAAGGAGCGUGAAGAUGCCAAGAGAAAAGAAGUCUUCAAGGUCAUCAUGGCGAGUAUGACACCAAGUCCUCACUCUCUGCAGGCCAACAAGAACAACAACAAGAGUCAUCCCAUGCUUCGAAACAAGCCACAAAAGGCCGCGGAUCCACCAGGUGAAAAGCCGGCCGCAUCUGUGGUGACACCGAUGACGACAACUACAAGUCGCAUCAGGCAAGGCGACAACGAGGAAAUGUCUCUGGCAUCCCUUCACGAACCUUUGGAUCCUUCGUUGGAGAACUCGUUUCAAUACGUCCCCUCGAGGCAUCACGAUGAUGUCUUGUCGUCGUUGGCAAAUGGGCACGACGAUGACCUCCUCAGCGCGGCUCACAGCAACCACGAAGAAGAAGAUCAUCAUUUGUAUGACUCCCCCAAGAGCGUUGCUCCUCGUCGUGUCAAAGUCAUGUCACCACCAGAGGAGACUCUCCAGCUACAUGACGAUCUUGAUGAAGACCAUGACGAUCACUCGGGUGAACAUUGCCUCCCGAGCAACAACAGCACCAAAUUGAAGAAACAGAUCCCUCCUCCUUCCUUUGUGACAUUGGAUACUCGGUCGCUCCCACCAAACGGGGGUCGUGGUCCUCGUCGUUUUGUCUCGAUGGCCCAUCGGCCCAUGCUUUUGUCACCAGAAAUGGACGUGGUCGCGCCUUGCGCCAGGUAUGCGGGAUACGACGAUCCCUAUGAGUUGGCUAUUCCGGACCACGACGAUCACAUGUCGCCUUCGUCUCCUCUAGUCGCCCCAAGGAGAGUGAUCCACAUGUCGUCACCCAAGAUGCCCAUGAGCACGAGACCCGAUUACCAGUCGUCGGAACUGUAUUACGCCCGUCGAACGUCCCUGCCGUAUGCUUCCCUUUCGAUGGACUACUGGUCACCUACUUCACCCAAACCAAUUGUCACACCGGAUGCAUUUGCCUCUCCAUACCGCCGAACCAAGGUCUUGCACCCGGAAUCGAUGGAUCAUGGCGACAUGAUGAUGAUGAGUUUGGACGUCCCUCCUUGCCCACCAUUGUUGACGGUGCAUCCUCACGACGGCUACCACUCACCGGUAUCCUAUCGUCGCGUGAUUCGUCAAGUUCCACCUACCCGUCGCAUGAAGACGGAUGACAGCCAUGUUGCAAGGGCCCCCGAGCCACAAAAGAAGUCGUCGACCAAGCCAACGCCAAACAAGUCGACGAGCCCCAAGACGAAGAAACGAACAAGAUCCCUCCCAACCAACAAAGGAGCGCCUAAAACAGCAAAACCCAAUACGAAAAGGUCUUCCAAGAAGACCAGCCAGAUGUCAAUUUCUCCGAGUUCGUAG